AUGGAGGGAAGGCGCGGCCCCGCCCGCGGCCCCGCCCCCGCCCCGUGUGUACAAACACAAAAGGCACGCGCGCGCGAGGGGAUUCCCUGUCCCCGCGUCCCCCCGGCCGCAGCCGCGCGGGCUCGGCCGCCACCCCCGCCGCGAGGCACGGCCUCGUCCGCCGCACUUGGUCCUGUUGGGUUUUGGGCGGGGCGGGGCGCGCGGCUGUCCCGGCCCCGGCGCUGCCCCCUCCCACGGCCAGCCCGUGCUUUCCUCCCGGAACUCGGCGGCCAGCUAGCUCUUGUGUCUCCUGAAGGGCCGCAGCGCUGCUCCCGCCCUGCCGCUGGCAGCUCUGGCUGGUUUCAAACGUAUGAGGAAAGCCGCAGGCAGGACUACAGGGUAUUGUCUGCCCACUGCCCACAGCGGAAUACAGGGAAAGCCCAGAGAAGGAAAAACUAUUCCAGUAUUAUCAGGUUUUGCACCUUCGUUUCGUCCUCGUUGAUUAAUGCCAUUAAACCCGUGCUUUUCCAGGGCUGCAGGAACAGCUCCUGGUCAGCUUCCAAUGCCAGCAUAAUGCACUGGCCCAGUUGGAGGGAGAGCUACCAGAUCAACCCCAGUGACAUCAGAGACUGCAGGAACAUCUACAAACAACUGCAGCAGCUGCUUCCCUUUGCAACAGCACACAUUACAAGCCAAACAAAACACAGCAGAGCAGAUGAAGUUUGCCUUUUUUGAGGUUAACUGGACCAAAAAAGAAAUAAAAAGGGAGUCCAGAGUAUUAUCAGAGUAUGGUUGUUUUCAAGCAACACUGCAGGUAAUCUUCCAGAAUCAUUUGAGAAAGGCUUCCCACUACAAAAGACAGGCACGAUUUGUCACCAAACUCCAAAGGGUCUCUGAUCAAAGAAGAAAUAUUUCUUUCCUAUCCCCCCAAAAGCACAAACUAAACAUCCAAAUUACUUAGUCAACAGAUAAAAGUCCUCUCCUACCACCCAGGGAAAACCAGGGUUGUUAUUAGUUUUAUCUAAAAGCUACUCUGACAUUUUGGUGAUGGAAGGAGUAUAAAAGACUACCUUUAUUUAUCUACAGCCUUCACCUGACUCCUCCUUUCUUUCCUCUCCUCCCAGACCCAGUUCUCCCUUCCUGUUCUCAAUCAGAUCCAUCUCUCUUCUUUAACUUGUUGAACCUCCAACCAACCUUUGCACUCUAGAUCUGCAAGUUCUCACCUAUUCCCUGCCCCAGCUCCCAGCCUGGUGGCCAUUUCCUUAUUUCAUAUUCCCUACACACCUCUUUGACUCAAUGUAUUUGCUCAGACAGUUGCAUUUUUCUCUUCUUUCUGUUUGGUUUUUUUUCCCUAUCUCUUUCAUCCUCUUGAUUCUGAUGCCAAACAGUUCCCACCUUCCCCUAGUUUUUCAGCCAGCCCCAGUCCCAUACCUGCUGUGUUCCCUUCUGCAGCUCCCAGGCUGGACAGCUUUUCCUAGCCAAUUUCAAUCCCAUCUUUAAAAAACACUGGACUGUGUUGCUUCAUCCUCACUCCAGUCCUGGCAGGCCUGCCACCCAGUUUGUUGUUAUGGCUGCUAUGCACUUACAAUUUCUCCUGGAAAUUAAAAUUAAAUGUCAGUACAAAAUGCUCACAAGCUUUAAAACUAUCUUUCUCUUAAAAUGCAUUUUGAUAGAA